CCCUGCUCCCUCCACGCACUUGUCGUCAACGCUCAGGUCGCUGAUACCUCUUCCUCCUUUUCCACUAUGGUUUCUACCGACAUCAUGAUCGAUGCCCCUCAUGUGAAGAUCUUGCAUCAAUCUAGCCCAGCAGAUCGCCCCCGAGCCAACCGUAUCUCUAUCCAAUCCACCGAAUGGUUCCUUCCAACAACCGCUUCAAGCUGCAGGCAGGACAGCAUCGAGUCCUCGCCUCCUCCAGCACACUUUGUCAAGAGAGGACGAGGAAACCGAGUGAAGCUGGACGAGAAGGUGAUUGACUGCGUCAGCGUCAACGAGUGGAGACGGCAAAGAAACAGACAAGUCGGAGCUGAGUUGUCUCAAGAGCUGUAGACCUCUCGAUGCCUGUGCCACCAUUGAAACAUUCUUCUUGUUGUAUUAUACAUAUUCAAAAUAAACAGAAUUGGAGUGAA